AUGAUUCACGUACAACACAAUAGCAAAGUUUAUAUUCAAACAGGGGUUUGGAAUAAGCAACAAAUAAUUGACGUAUCGGCGUUGCAUGAAAAGUUAGGCGAGAUAAUGUGUCAAUCUCUGCCAGGAUUUCAUGCUCUAACUGGCUGCGAUUUCAAUCCCGCAUUAUUUCAAGAAAAAAAAAUACAGAAUUUUGACUCAUCCACUUUACCUCCUAGCCAGGCUGAAUUAACGCAGCAUUUAUUGAGGACCAAAUAUAUUGCUACAAUAUGGAAAAAUGCUCAUAAGAAAAUUCCAUCACAUUUACUACCAGAAAAUUGCGGAUGGAUAUUAGUAGAGGAAAAUUAUCAAUUUAAAUGGUUCGACGGACCACAGCUGCCUAGUACAAUACAAGAUAUUAUUGAUACUGGAACAAACGAAGGGGAUGAAGGCCUUAAUGCAGAAAGCGAAUCAAAUGAAGAAGAAUAUGGCGAUAGCGAAGGAGAUAUCACGUCCGAAUCGGAUUCCGAUUGCGAAUGUGACUAA